CGUGCAUGUCUUUGUUUUGAUACUCUUUUUUGAAAUCAUCUUGUUAACGCAUACAAAAAAAGUUUGUAUAUAAUAUAAUAAUAAGUUAGAAAUUAAAAUAAAAUAAUUAGUUUUUGAACAUUAAAGCGGGAGUUGAACCACAUACAUAACUCGAUCAAUCAAGUUUUUGUUUUGUAAGCCUGAUUGUACUUUUUAGCUUAAGAGACGAGUUUUGUUUAUCUAGUCUAGUUGACAAAAAAAGAAAAAUCAUAUUUAAUUUUUGUUCAUAGCAUGCAAUGUAGAAGAAUUUAAAGUUUAGUAAAACUUAAGCCACGACAAUGAAAGUGCAAGUACAUACGAUGCUUUAAUAUCAGUUCAUUUAUAGUUUAGACUUGUUAUUAAAAAAUCCGAAUCGAUGAGGGUGGAUCGGGUUUCAGCAGGUUUACCCUUUUCUCCAAAACGUUUACAAAGUACGACAUUAACAAAUGAAGAACCUACUUUAUUAGCGUCACUCUACGGUACAUCGUUUAAUCGUUCUUAUGAGAAAAGAGUCCAAACAAUGUCUGCAAAGGUUGCGGAGAAGUCUUUUUAUGGGAACUCUAAUGCAGCAGAGUAUAAUGUUGAGAAAACUCAACCAUUAAUUUUUUGUUCAAGUGAUCUUCAUACUAAACAAAAUGAUUCUUACCGUUUUCCGUGUAACACGUCCAAUGCUAUCAAUCCGUCGUGUAAUGUUACCAGACAUAAAAUUUCAACAAAACAAUUGCCUUUAUCACAAUUGUAUACAAAAACUUUGGACACACAGUGGCAGAAUAAACCGGAUGCAAUCAAAUUUGAAUAUUUUGAUAAAAAUCAAUGUCACCUGUUAAAGAAAUCAAAUCACGUGACAAGGGAUCCAGGGUUCACGGAAUCAUCAAGAAAAAUGAAGGAACAAAUAAAUCAACUUCGUCGAAGUUAUUUUCGAUUCGCUUUAGAACUUUCUAAAUUGUGUACAAAAUGGUACCGCCAUACUUUGAAAAAAUACUUUGGAAUUUUUUACUCGGAACUAAAACGAAUCAAUAAAACAAAUCUAUCUUCUCAAGUAACGAAAAAGAGCUCAUGCUGCCUUCGACAUAUAGGUAAUCGACGAUUGAUGGCGUCUGUUUUAUUUAAAAAUCUCAUGAUUUUGAUUCUAAGUCCAAAAAAAUUAAAGUUAAUUGGGUUUUGUCGCUUGAUAAAGCACUCUAUUAAAUCCUUACCUUGUUCACAUGAAUCGUGUACAAGUGUUUCAAAUUUUGAAGCAUUUCAAAUCGAAAGGGGAGUUCAAUGCAUGCAGCGUGUACUAUUACGUGUUUGUUUCAAGAAGUUUCAAUCAACAUGCGUUGUGACAUGGAGAGAAAUACGUCCUUUAAUUCAACAAGUGACGCAUCUUGUUCAAAGACAUUUAGAGAGUGAUCGGUCUUGUGAUACCGUCACAUCAUCUGUGUCAACGAAUCAAACUAGUAAAGUAGUGUGUGACUCAAUCCAUGAAAACAGAACUUAUUCAGGAUCAGAUCUAUUGUUCCCGCGAUCUAAUGAUAAGAAAAUAUUAGUGAAUGAAAAUGUAGAUCAAAAUACGUUUGAUAUACCAGUCAUGGUGUGUGCGAAAUCUCUAUCAACAUGUGAGACAUUCCCUUAUACUUUAUCUUCUGAGUCCAUCAAAAAACUAUCGACUGAGUUAGUGAAGAAUGAACAACUUGUUACUGAUGUAUCUUUUACCAGUCAUUCACAUGAUUUCCAAUCAUUACCUACUGCACAAGAUAUAACGAAGGAAGAAAAUCAACCAGAAGCAAUUGGCUAUUCAAAGGAAGGUAAAAAACAAGAGGCGAUAAGACGACAAUGUCGCAAUGAAAAGGUCUAUAAUGGUUUAGGAGAAACGAAAACGCCACAUUUUUUUGCAUCUUGUCAAAGCACACAACAAACAACUAUGACCUAUGAAAAUUUUUAUUUAAAUGAAAUGUGUCAAGGAGAUUAUUUUGUUAAAUACCAUCGUAAAAGUGGGAAACCUAGUUGGCGCUACAUUUGGGUGGACCCAGGUGAGGGGACUUUGUGUUGGCGUUCUUUUAAAACAAGUUCGACACCCGUCAAAAAUAAUUUACCUCCUCAACAAGAAACAAAUUUGAGACGUAAAACAAGUCAAAGAUUAUCCCGUUUUUUCUUUCCAUUUACAACAAAGGAGAAAACAUCCGGGACUUUAACUUCAUGUGAUUUAAAUAGAAUACCAUCAGAGUCCUCUAUAUGCUUGCAACGGAGCCAAUCGACAUUAACAACUUCCACAAAAAUUCAAUCUAAGCCAUCUUUUCUAGGUGUCGAACCACAAUAUGUAUUUUUAUCUAAAUUGAAAAAGAUAUCUUAUAGUUGGAUUUAUAAGCCUAACAAGGCAGCAUCCCUCAUACGUAAACAUUCUCCAUCAUUCCCUUAUACUUGUCAUUGCUCACCACAACCAUGCUUUCACCCAAUGACAUCCUUAACGUUCCUUUUAGUACUUUACGGUGAUCCACCACGGAGUCGCAGCUUUAAUUCGAAAUUCCGUAAAUUUUCCUUACUUGGAAAAAAUCAUCCUUCACCUACUCAGCAUAUUCUCCAAUUCACUUGCGUGAAUCCAGAACAACUGUAUACUUGGUUAAUAGGACUGCAUAUUCUUAUGAUCUCGCAUCAUGUCAUUUACCCUUCCAUUUAUUUACAUCGCUCUUUUCAACAAGGUUUAAACAUACUAUACAACCAAACAACAAUCAGCACACAUGAAACUAUACUUUUAAAACGAUUUCUUGUACUUUUACGUUGGGACCGACUUCGCCGUUUCGUACGUCAUUUGAAUGUUAUCAGUGCACACCGGUAA